GAUUCCCAUUUUCUCUCCUUCGCCAACUCUUCGUUUCCAUUGCUGCUGCUGAUCUAAGGAACUAAGAAAAUGAGAAGCUUCAAUUUCUUCGGUAGAUUUUAUAGCGCUUUCCAUGACUAUCCUUCUCUUUCCAAAAUCAUAGCCGUCUCUACAGUCAGUGGCGGGAGCCUUAUAGCUUAUGCCGAGGCAAACACAAACAAUGGCAAUAGAGGCCAUGUUGCUCAUGCUGAUGCAAUCACAUCAAAUAGUAUUGCCCAUGCUGAUGCAAACACGUCCAAGAAGAAAAAAGUGGUGGUGCUCGGAACUGGUUGGGCAGGAAUAAGUUUCUUGAAGAAUCUCAAUAACCCUACUUACGAGGUGAAAGUUGUAUCUCCUCGUAAUUUCUUCGUCUUUACCCCAUUGCUACCUAGUGUUACUUGCGGUAAGGUAGAACCUCGAAGCAUUGUUGAGCCAAUUCGCAACAUCAUCAGAAAGAAAAAUCUUGACUUCAGUUAUUGUGAAGCUGAAUGUACUAGGAUAGACCCAGCAAAUAAGAAAAUUUACUGUCGUGCAUCUCGUACCUCUAUAAAUACCAAUUCAAAGCAGGGAGAAGAGUUUGCAGUAAGCUACGACUACCUUAUUAUAGGUGUGGGAGCUCAGGUUAACACCUUCAAUACUCCAGGUGUCGAGGGAAAUUGUCAUUUCUUAAAGGAAAUUGAGGAUGCUCAGAAGAUUCGAAGGAAUGUCAUCGAGUCAUUUGAGAAGGCAAGCCUACCAAACUUAACUGAGGAGGAGAGAAAGAAAAUCCUUCACUUUGUAGUUGUUGGUGGUGGUCCUACAGGUGUGGAAUUUUCUGGUGAACUUCAUGAUUUUGUCAAUCAGGAUGUGGUCAAACUAUAUCCAAUGGUCCAACACUUGGUGAAAAUAACAGUUAUUGAGGCCACAGAUCAUGUUUUGAACAUGUUUGACAAAAGAAUCACAAAGUUUGCUGAAAGCAAAUUUCUAAGAGAUGACAUUGAUGUGAAACUAGGCUCAAUGGUUACAAAAAUAAGUGAGAAUGAAAUUUCUACAAGAGCAAAAGGUAGUGACAAAACAACUUCUAUGCCAUAUGGAAUGGUUCUCUGGUCAACUGGAAUUGGGCAACGUCCUCUCAUAAGGGAAUUUAUGAAGCAAAUUGGUCAGGGUAAUAGGCGUGCUCUAGCGACUGACGAAUGGCUGCGAGUCGAGGGGUGUGAUAACAUUUAUGCACUUGGUGACUGUGCAACUAUUAACCAACGGAAAGUCGUGGAAGAUAUAGCUGAAAUAAUUAAAAGGGCAGACAAAGACAACUCGGGAACACUAAAGGUGAAAGAAUUUCGAGAUAUCAUGAAGGAUAUUAUUGCAAGAUAUCCUCAAGUGAAGCUCUAUAUGGAGAGCAAACGAGUGCGGGACUUUGUUGAUAUUUUGACCGAAGCCAAAGGAAAUGCUGCAAAAGAAACCAUUGAGCUGAGUAUAGAAGAAUUUAAAUCUGCUCUUUCUGUAGCUGAUUCUAAGAUGAAGAAUCUUCCUGCAACUGCGCAGGUUGCAAAUCAACAAGGUGCCUAUCUUGCUAAGUGCUUCAACCGUAUGGAAGAGUGUGAAAAGAAUCCCGAAGGUCCGCCUAGGUUCAGGGGAACAGGUCGCCAUCGUUUCCAGCCCUUUAGGUACAGGCACUUGGGACAAUUUGCUCCUUUGGGAGGAGAGAAAACAGCUGCACAACUUCCUGGUGAUUGGGUCUCUAUUGGACACAGCUCUCAGUGGCUCUGGUACUCUAUCUAUGCGAGCAAGCAAGUAAGCUGGCGCACAAGAGCAUUGGUGGUCUCGGACUGGAUCCGGCGUUUUAUUUUUGGGAGAGAUGCCAGUGGCAUUUAAGGUAACUAACGGGUCUGUCGGUUUAGUAUUUGGCGGUGUUGCUACAUAAAACAUAGUGGAAUGAAGCAGAAAACAUCGUUUUCUUCCUCACCCUUCCACCAGUUGAUUUAAUAAUCAUUGUUCCACUCCAGGGCUCUGGUCCCUUGGCA